UCAAUCAGAAAUAUGAAAAACUAAAAACCACAUGUGAUAUUUUCGAAAUGUGUUAAGUUCAAUUUAUAAACAAAAUAAAUAGAGUUACAAUAAUGAACGUAAAUUCAGAUUUAGAAGUAACUGCAAAUUUACAAAAUGAAAAAUCGAAUGAUCAUGUAAGAAAUUGUAAUAACUCAGACGAUUCCGAUUCAGAUGGCUGGGAUGAAAUGGAACCUGCCGAUGGAAUGGAACCAUCAAUAUGUCUAUUUUGUAAUGAAGAAUAUUCUCAGAUAAUGAAUGCCUUAAAUCAUUGCUCCACAGGUCAUAAAUUUGAUUUAUAUUCCUUUACAAAAAAGCAUAAUAUGAAAGAUAUAUAUUCAUAUAUAAAAUUAAUUAAUUACAUUCGAAAACAUCAAAUUUCGAGUAAAACUUUAUUAGAAUGUGAUCAACCUCUUUGGCUAGAUGAUGAAUAUUUAAAACCUGUUAUUAGUGAUCAAUGGUUAAUGUUUGAUUUUGAAGAUUGGAUUGAAAAUUGUCAGAAAAACGAUGCUACAUUUGAAAAUAAUAAGGAGACACGAGUUGCCGAAACAUUACAAUCAUACUUUGCACAGAUUGAACAACAAAAAGAAAUUAUAAACAGAGCUAUGGAGGAUAUAAAGAAAAUGCAAGAAGUAACUCGGAAUUUAGUUGAAAAUACUCAAUUAAACAAUGAAUAUUCAAAAAAUAUUGAAAAUGAAUCAUAUUUUACAUCAUACGCACAUUUUGGUAUACAUCAUCAAAUGUUAACGGAUAAAGUUAGAACUGAAACAUACAGAUCAGCAAUUUUAAAUAACAGUAAAUCAUUUUCCGAUAAAUUAGUAUUGGAUUUAGGGUGCGGCACUGGAAUCUUAUCAAUGUUUAGUGCACAAGCGGGAGCUAAACAUGUUAUUGGAGUUGAUCAAUCUGCAAUUAUUUACCAAGCCAUGGAUAUUAUAAGAGAAAAUGGAUUCUAUGAUAAAGUGCAAUUAAUUCAUGGUGAAAUUGAAAAUAUUAAGUUACCAUAUAUGCACGUAGAUAUAAUUGUAUCCGAAUGGAUGGGAUACUUUUUGUUGUUUGAAGGAAUGUUGGAUAGUUUUAUCUACGCGCGUGAUAAACAUUUAUCACCAGGAGGAAUACUUUUACCUAAUAGAUGUACAUUAUUGUUAACAGGAUGUUGCGAUUUAGAUCGCCAUAAAGAACUAAUCGGUUUUUGGAACGAUGUUUAUGGUUUCAAAAUGACCUCAAUGAUUGGUGACACCAUAGCCGAAGCAAGUGUGGAAAUAGUUCCUAGUGAUAACAUUAUAACAACAUCGGCCACAAUUUUAGAUCUAGAUUUGUAUACUUGUACUAAAAAUGCAGUUAAUUUUGAAUCAUUAAUAGAAUUGAAAGCGUUAAAUGAUGGUCAUUUGACGUCAAUUGUUGGUUAUUUUGAUACGUACUUUACGUCAAUGUCGGAAGAUUUUACAUUUUCAACAGGACCUGAUUCUACACCAACACAUUGGAAACAAACGAUUUUCUAUUUACGUGAUCCAAUACCUGUUAAGAAAGAUGAAGUAAUUAAAGGCAGUAUAAAAUGUUCAAGAGGCAAGAACGAAUUAAGAUCACUGAUUGUUCAUUUAAAAAUUGGAAAU